AUGGAUGCAGUCGCGGAUGGAUGCAGCGAUGGAUGCAGGUCGCGGGAUAUGCGGGUCGGGAUGCAGGUCGGAUGGAUGCUUGCGGUCGGCGGUGAUGAUGCAGGUCGCGGGAUGGAUGCAGGUGGCGGAUGGAUGCAGGUUGCGGAUGGAUGCGAUGGAUGCAGGUCGCGGAUGGAUGCAGUGCAUGGAUGCAGGUUGCGGUGCAGGUCCGGGAUGGGAUGCAGGUCGCGGGAUUGGAUGCAGUUGCGGAUGGAUGCAGUGUUGCGGGAUGGAUGCAAGGUUGCGGGAUGGAUGCAAUGGGUUGCGGGAUGGAUGCAGGUCGCGGGAUGGAUGCAGGUUUGCGGAUGGAUGGGAUUGCGGGGUGGCAUUGCAGGUCGCGGUGGAUGGGAUUGCGGGAUGAUGCAGGUCGGGAUGAUGCAGGGGAUGCAGGAUUUGCGCAGGCGGGAUGAUGCAGGUCGCGGGAUGGAUGCAGGUUGCGGAUGGAUGGGGGAUGGAUUGCAGGUUGGGAUGGAUGCAGGUGCGGGAUGGAUGCAGGUUCGCGGGAUGGAUGCAGGUUGCGGGAUGGAUGCGGUUGCGGAUGGAUGCAGGUUGCGGGUUGCGGGAUGGGAUGCAGUUGCGGAUGGAUCGCGGGAUGGAUGCAGGUCGCGGGAUGCAGAUGGUAUGCAGGUCGCGGAUGGAUUGCAGGUCGCGGGAUGGGUCGCGGGAUGGAUGCAUUCGCGGAUGAUGCAGAUGCGGGAUGGAUGCAGUUCGGGAUGGAUGCAGGUUGCGGGAUGGAUGGCGGGAUGGAUGCAGGUCGGGGAUGGAUGCGCGGGAUGGAUGCAGUCGCGGGAUGGAUGCAGGUUGCGGGAUGGAUGCAGUCGCGGGAUGGAUGGAUGCAGGUUGCGGGAUGGAUGCAGGUCGCGGGGAUGGAUGCAGGUCGCGGAUGAUGGGAAUGCAGGUUGCGCAUGUGGAUGCAGGCGGGAUGGAUGCAGGUUGCGGGAUGGAUGCAGUCGCGGGAUGGAUGCAGGUCGCGGGAUGGAUGCAGGUGCGGGAUGA